AUGGAAGCCUACUAUAUGUGGGAGCGUGUCCAUUUAACCGAGGACAUGGGUCGGUCGUGCAGCUCCUGUGACUGUGUCACGUAUUCGUAUUUUUUGAUAUCCGUGUUCCUGUUCACAUUGGGCUCCAUUAUAUCGGUGUUCUCGUUCGGAGCAUUUGAUGACACUGUCUUUGCCAACUUGGGCCAUAUGUGGAUGGUUGGACCGCUAUGCAUCUGUUCAGCCGUUAUGAUUGGUAUUAGGAAUGUAUUGUACUUACGUAGGCGCCGCAUUAUUGACAUGGUAAUCCGCCAGCAGAUAGAGGACAUACGAUCUCAACAGGGGCAGUUGACAGAUACUCAACAACAGUAUUCGUUACCAAUACGCACUGUGAGUGAACUUACCUUGCCCCCGUCUUAUGAACAGUUGAUUGGAAACCACAGCGAAGAGGGGAGUGACCUACCACCACCAUCAUAUGAAGAAGCUAUAGUUAGCAUGUCCAAGGAAUCUACUAAAAGUGAUAAUAUUAUCGUCCUUAAUUAUUCCAUUAAAUGAUCUUGCGAAUAUAUCUUAAUUGUGGAGGUGUGUGAUGGAAAUAAUUACAUUAUCUACAAGAACAUUGUUCCAAAAAACUUAGUUUCUACUUUGAACAUGACAUUUUUCUUGAAAAUAAUGAUUCAAAUUAUACUCAAUCAGCCAAUUGAAAUGUUGGUGUAAAUUAAAAUUGUUUUUUUAAAUUAAAUCUAAAUCGAUAAUACCUACUAAAAAUAAAAUAUAAUCCUCAGUCAUUUGUAAAUAAUUACCUUUUACAUUCAAUAGAUUUUGUUCUUAAUAUUGUCUGUAUGAAUGUAACUUAAUGACAUACUUGUUAUACAAAUAUAUUGGAGACAUGUAUACAUAGGAAAAUUAUCAACAUUUUAUUCAGAAUUAUUUUUGUUUUAUAAAGUUAUUUCAUAAUUUGUUAUCUCAUUCGAGACUUGAGAGAACAGUUUAUUAUUAUUAGGUUUUAAAAGGUCUGAUUUCAAAUUUGUAUUUAAGGAUGAUAUGACUGGUUAUGUAUUAUUAGCAUUUAGAAACUUAAAAAAUGUAAGUUAAAUUGUUAUUUCACUAUUGUAGGUAAAUCAAUACAAUUUGCUAUUUAUCUUGACAUAAGUAAAAUAAUUUAGCUUUAUAAGUAUUAUUGCACAAUG